AUGUUAAACAUCAAUGGAGGCAAGAGUAAAGUGUCUGUUACUCCUGGUGCAAGACGUGGAAGUGCCGAUAUAAACACUCUGAUACAUAAUACAAGACAACAACAGACAACAAACAAUAAUAAUAAUAAUAAUAAUGAUAUAGUUAAUAGUAAUGAUGUUGAUAAUAAUAAUAAUAAUAAUAAUAACUAUAGUACAUUGGCAUUGACAAAGCGUGUCAUUAUAGAAGCACUCAAACUACCUGUACAUCGAUUGUACGCACUCCUCCUCUCAUUCUAUCUUCUACUUGCACAUUGGACAUCGACCUAUCGACUCACUGGUAUAACACCCUUGUUUGGACGUAAGAGGAAUCGUCCCAGUAUCAAAGAUCAGAACAUCACUCUUGAAUCGAUAACGAGAGGUAAUAGUGUACAUAGGAACUUGGUGGUGUUGAUCAAUCCGGUGAGCGGUGAUCAUAGAGCGACAAAGAUAUUCGAGAGUGUUAGACAUUUGUUCGAGGUCAGAGGCAUCAAUCUACACGUGUCAGAAACACGAUACAAGUAUGAUGCGCAUAGGAUAGCAUCCCAACUGUCACAGAAGGACUGCGAUGGCAUUGUAUGUGUGGGCGGUGAUGGCUUGAUACACGAGGUGGUCAACGGACUGCUGUGUAGGGAUGACUCGUCCAUCGCGCGCCACAUACCAAUUGGCGUGAUACCCGCUGGCGAGAAGAACUCCUUUGCCUCAUCAAUAGGCAUCACAUCUCCAGAGAAGGCUGCGGACAUCAUCAUCAAUGGCUCCAUCCACUAUGUCGACGUCAUGUCUCUGUCAGCCGUGCGCAACAAGAAUCAGUAUAUCUAUCCACACAAGCAGCAGCCUCCUGCCCCAGUGGCGACGCGACACAAUCAUGGCGACGGUGAAGAUGCGUCUGAAGACGACAGUGAUGAUGGUGGACAAGGUGGCAAAACACAGACGACGACGCUGGACAUCAAUAUGCCGCAGACGAAUGGUCAGUCGACGGACGUCCGAAGCAAUGAUUAUCUCAACUUCUUCAAACGACCAGCGUCCGAUCACACCUCCCCUGGUUCCCCAAUCGAUCUCAAUCAACAACAACAUCAACCACAUCAGAGCAUCAUUGAUGACAAUGGCGCCACCAACAACAACAACGAGGUGAUCGACAUCAACAUGAACAACAGCAACAACAGCAACAACAACACAAACAUCAUCAACGACUUCACAUUUGUAAAUAGCAGCUUCAACAAUAUAUACGUACCAAACAACAACAACAUGGGCGCCCAAGUCACUAGCAACGAACCGUCAUACGCAUUCACGGCGCACAAUGAUAGCAAGAAGAUAUAUAGCCUGUUGUACUUUGGAUGGGGCAUCAUCAGCUUUCGCGAGAAGGUCCAGGAGAACAUCAGAUGGACCAAGUUCUUCAAACCGUACAUCUCAUCAAUGUACUCAUACUUCAUCUCACUGCCACUCAAACACUUUGACUCGACGCUCUACUUUGAGCCUGCGCACCACUUUGAGCACGAUCUGGCGGCCGCUGCCACACAUCCCAACGUCGAGUCGCGUGACGGCGACGUGCAACAGCACCACUUUUGCUCAAGCAAGAGCAACUGCCGAGGCUGCAACACAGUGUACAAAUCGGACAAGGGCAAGCGACUGAUCAACGACAUCACCAACUGGAAGUCCAUCGAGGGAUCGACCGAAGACAACCCAGCAGGCAUGACGUUCCUGAUCGCUGGCAAGUGCACACACCUCUCCAAAGACUUCAAUGUGCUGCCCUACUCUCAUCUCUCCGAUGGAUUCAUCGACCUGCUGGUGUGCACUCAAUCCGAGCGCAGUCAGCUUUUGCAAUGGAUCUUCCAGCCCGUGCCAAAUCAAAAUACAUCGCUCAAACUACUUAGCAACUACAAUCAACAACAACAACAUCAUCAUGAUGGAAGUGAAGCAGCGACUGCAAUGUCACAUGACGAUGAGUCAAGUAACAAACAACGUAGGAAUGGAAAGAGACCAGCAUCAAUGUCCAAUCAUAUCAUUGCGGACAACAAGAUACAAGACUCGACCAACUCCAACCACUACUCCAACUCCAACAACAUCAACGCCCCAAGCAUGCCUUUGGCCGACAACAAGAAUUGUUUACAGUACUGCAAGACCAAAGAACUCAUUCUACAAGUUCGCAACAGUAGUAUACCAUUGACAGUCGAUGGUGAACUAAUGGAUAUCCGGGAAACAUUUGGAUUCGGGUGCGAGACGAUCAAGGCCGAGUCACUUCGAAGUCUUUGUGCAUUCUUUUUGUGA